AUGGCGGACGGCCGUAGCAUGCACGAUUACCGCAUCGUGGUGGUUGGCCCUGGCGGAGUCGGGAAGUCGGCCAUGACGGUGCGCUUCAUACAGGGCAACUUUGUGGAGAAGUACGAUCCGACGAUAGAGGACAGCUAUCGGAAGGGGGUGGAGGUGGACGGGCAGGCGUGCAUUCUGGACAUCAUGGACACCGCUGGACAGGUUUCGUUCUCUCCUCACCUCGCCACCUCUUCCGACCCUCGCUCACUGCGUGUGGGCGUCAUCUGUUGUGUGUGUGUGUCGCAAACAUGGGGCCGCAUACAGGAGGAGUUCAGCGCGUACGUUUUUCCUUUGUCGCUCUCGACGACGCAACUCUUUGGCCAGUGGUUGACAUCUCCCCCUCGCGCGCGCAGGCUGCGGGACCAGUACAUGAAGACCGGGCAGGGCUUCCUGCUGGCCUACAGCGUGACCUCGACCGAGAGUUUCGAGGCCGCCGCAGCGCUCAGGUCCCACAUCAUGCGAAUCAAGGAGGACGAACCGGAUAUACCGGUGGUGCUGGUGGGAAACAAGAUCGAUCUGGAGGAAGAGCGUGUGGUGAGCCUCGAAGAGGGGCGGGAGCUGGCCAAGAAGCACCGCCUCUCGCACUUCGAGACCAGCGCCAAGACCAACCACAACAUCAAUGAAGUCUUCUUCUGCCUUGUGCGGGAGAUCAUGCAGUGGCGAGGGAAGCAUAUGCGACGGUCGAGCGUCGUGGAAACGGUCAAGAAGAAAAAGAAGGGCUGCACCCUCUACUAG